AUGAAGAAUAGCAUAAGGGGAUGCAUAUCAUGCAUCCUACCAUGCGGGGCAUUGGACGUGAUACGUAUAGUUCACUCCAAUGGCAGAAUUGACGAUCUCACUACUCGCACCAUCAACGCUGCUGACGUCAUGAGAGCUCAUCCUAACCAUAUCCUCAAGAAAUAUUCUCCCUCCAACCUUCUCAUCAUUCCUCCCCACGCUGACCUCUAUCGCGGCAACAUCUACUUCCUCGUUCCCCUCCCUUUCCCUCCCCCUCCCAAUCAACACGCUACAGCAGUAGAUCAGCAGGUCUCCACCUCCACUCACACAAGCACCAGCAGCCAAACUGUUCUUCUUAGUUGCGCUUUUCUAUAUGGCAUCUUCUGGGUAUUUGUCUCUAAGUGGUGGUUCCAUGAGAGCGUAAUGAUAGUGGUAGCUCGAGGCAAUAGGAGUGGAGAAGAUGGUAUCUCCAUGCUGCUUAGCAUAAUUGGUUUUGGGGACAUAAUCUUAUCGGGGCUUCUAGUCGCAUUUUCACUAAGGUAUGAUUGGUUGGCAAAGAGGAACCUUCGGUCUGGAUACUUCGUGUGGGCAAUGAGUGCUUACGGUUUAGGUCUCCUUCUAACAUAUGUUGCUUUGAACUUGAUGGAUGGGCAUGGUCAACCAGCAUUGCUUUAUAUCGUCCCGUUUACUCUUGGCACAUUUUUGUUAUUGGAAAAGAAGAGAGGUGAACUCAAUCUUUUAUGGAUAAGAGGAGAACCAGAAAUGCCUUGCCCUCAUAAUCAAGAGUCUCAACAAUGA